GUUACGCCCAAUGAAUGACGUCAGGUGCGUACGUGCAGUGCGGUCGAACACGCGUGUCAUUCGCUCGCUCCGAAAAGGAAAGCUCCGAGAGAGCGACGUUAACGAUGAUGCGCAACGAUAUCACAAUUGUGUUGUGCGUGCUGUUGUUGUUCGCCACGACAGGUACUAAAGGGAUACGCUGUUAUCAGUGUAGCUCCGACACUGAUCCGAGCGAUCCGUACAAGGACGACCUUUGCGGGGCUUACACGAAAUUCGACAAAGAGAGGAAUGUGCCUAUUGAGUGUAACAGCGAGGAAUCGCACAUGCCUGGCACGUUUUGUGUUAAAUACACGGAGCAAAGCCCACGUGGUUUCAUCUGGGAUGGUAGGUGGCGACAGGUGAUCCGGCGAUGCGCUUCUGUCGCCAGUACUGGGGUCACGGGGGUUUGUAAUUGGGGCGUUCACGAGAACGGAGUUUACUGGCAGGAAUGCUAUUGCUCCGAGGACGCCUGUAACGCAGCAUCCAAUCUGGCGUCCCUUACCACGCUGCUCCUCACGGCAUGCGGUGCCAUCAUUACGCUAUCUUAUUUCAAGUGAAAAAAAGUUUUCGGAGUUCUCAAGUUUUCAAGAGAUGAAAACGGUAAGACAAAUAUUGGACCAGAAGGAGGAAUCGAUGUUGAAGCUUCUGUUGUAGGAAAUGAGAAGUUUCGAUUACAGCUAACAUGAGCGCGCACAGAAUGGUACAGAUGUUUUUUCGAAAAAUUUUGUAGUUGAUUUUCUUUUUUGCAAAAUUUUAAUUAGACGCCAUCAUAAAUAUUUUUCAUGUCUCUGUGUUCAGUUUAUAUUUAAGAUGCAUUAAAAAGCAAUAAUAAUUAAAAAGCGACGAACAUAAUAGCUAUAAACUUUCUAGAACUUAUAGUAUUCAAUACGCAAUUUUUAUAUAGAUGAUCGUCAAACUGUUGUUAGAAAAAAAAAUCAACUGCAAAGUUACCAAAGAAUAUACUCUGGUUCCAGUUUAAUGAGUCUUGUAAAUACAUUAAAUUAUACGUCCGUCCAUAUACCAUAAAAGAUCUCUGGAAAUCUCUUUUAUGUAAAUAGUCUAAGAUAUAUCUAUCUAUCUAUCCGUCCAUUUAGCAUUGUUAAAAAAUGAAGUAUUAUUCACUGCUAAUGAAGCUUUGAGUUACAACUAAUUAACUAAAUUUAAUCUUGAGAAGAACUAAUGAGAAGCUGAUUAAGUUUUAAGACAAUAGAUCUGUUUAUUACAUCUCAAGAUAAGUGUGAAAUAAGUUUAAAAUAUUCAGGACAGUAGUGAGACAUGACAAACCUGUUGCUUUUGGUAUCUGAUUGUCUCGGCAAGACGACAUAUAUUUUAUUUCCGACAAUAAAAGUACCUUUUAAAUUCUAUUAAAAAUUUUAUUAAAAUAAGUUUUCUUAAAAGUGCCUUCUUAUAUGCAAAGUGUUCAAUCGCUUUUGAUAAUCUAUUUAGAAUAGCGUGUCAAUUAUACAUAAAAGACUGGAUUUAAAGCAACGAUAAAUCAAGAUAACUUAAAAUUUUGUAAGAGAUCAAAAAACAAUUUCGAUAAAAAUUUUCGACUAUAAUUAACUAUUAAUUAAUCCUUAGAUAAAUAAAAAAUGUCAUGAAACUUUUUUACAUGUUGCUUAGCACGUCGUCGCUUUAAAUCCUGCGAUUCGUUUAUCCUUUGAAUUUUUAAAGCAUUUUAUAUUUUUCUAUAUAUAUGCAUCUAUUGUGCAAUGAAAAUAACAGAUUUACUGUAUUUAAUUUAAUUGUAUACAUCUUUAUGUAUAAAUAAAGAAAUGAAAAAGGAAA